GCCUGGGCGCGCUCCUGGAGCAGCAUUUAAUGCAACAUAACUUUCUAACAUAAUAGGUACAAUAUUCAUUUUAAUAUUUGCAAAAAGCCAGUCAUAAAAUAGGCAAAGCCAAUAAUAAAACAGGCAUUUUUCACAGCUGGGAGCUUCUGGUGUGUGCCUUGUGCCUGCUGCAGUGUGUGCCUAGGUGUGCUCCCGGAGCAGCAUUUAAUACAACAUAACUUUCUAACAUACCACGUGUAAUAUUAAUUUUAAUAUUUGUAAAAAGCCAAUCAUAAAACAGGAAAAGCCAACCAUAAAAUAGGCAAAGCCAAUCAUGAAAUGCACAUUUUUCACAGGCAGGAGCUGCUGGCGUGUGCCCUGUGCCCGUGCAGCGUGUGCCUGGGCGCGCUCCCGCAGCAUCAUUCCCACCACGGGCAGCUGACCUCCUCCUUCCUCCUCCUCCUCCUCCUUCCUCCUCCCGCCUGUGAACCCGGGGCUGCCCCUGGAAUGCUAUUGAUCCGCGGCAUUAGUCAGCAGCCUUUCCCGUGGAAGGGCAGCUCUUUCCCAGCUCCUGACACGUAACUGCGAUGCGCGGCCUUUCAGGGAGCGCACACUCCCCACCUGCUCCUCCGGGAGAAGGUCAUUAUCCAGAGCGGGCUAUUCAGUGCCACUGGAGCAUGCAAGAAUAGCCGCUGCUCCCAUUGUGCUGCCCGGGCCACGGAUUGGCUCACGAGUGUGGGAAACGCCGCCGAGCCGCAGACCCACACGCUGGCCCCGGGCUCGUUCUGUAUAAAUAUCGGGUACAGGCAGCUCCCAGCAUCACGUUUCUCCCGGAUUCCACUCCAAGAGCUCUCUGCUCAGCACAGAUGGCUCCCAGCACCGUUUUCCUGGAGCCCGACAACCUGCUGACGCCAAAGGAGAAAAACAAACUGAGGAAGCCGGUGGUGGAGAAAAUGCGCCGGGACCGGAUUAACAGCAGCAUCGAGCAGCUGAAACUGCUCCUGGAGAAGGAGUUCCAGAGGCACCAGCCCAACUCCAAGCUGGAGAAAGCCGACAUCCUGGAGAUGACUGUCAGCUACCUGAAGCAGCAGAGCCAGCUGCAGAUGAAGGCUGCAGGAUCCUUCCAUAAAAGCUCCCAGUUUGACUUCAGAGAGGGCUAUUCCAGGUGUUUGCAAGAAGCUUUCUAUUUCCUCUCUCUCCACAAAGUCCGGACUGAAACACAGACCAAACUUUUAAGCCACUUCCAGAAGAGCCAGGCAGCUGCUCCAGAGGUCUCCUUCUCCCCUGGGAACUCCAGUGCCCUGAAACAAGUGUCUCCAAAGGACAGCAGCCCUCUCUGGAGGCCCUGGUAGUCACUGCACGGACCUGUGACAGUCCAGAGGAAGGAUCUGACUGCAUCUGAUAGUCCGGCUCUGAUCCUCUCUCCUGUAGGGAAUUUUAUUUCCCCCCGUGUUUUAUUUAUGUAUUGGAGAAUGCCAUGCUUUUGACUUUUUUUUUUUUUUUUUUUGGGAUCCUCUGGCAAAAGCUGAGGUGUUCUGUUUAGUGUUGAAGCUGUGUAGGCACUGGUGCAGUGCUGCCCAGGCAGGGGCAUCUUCUUCAGAAUGAAGGAGGGUGUUUGUAAAUGUUACACUUGUGAUGGACAGGAAUUGCUGUAGGAGAUUUUCUCUAAUAUUCCCAGUAAGAGCCAUCAACUUUGCUCUGGCUUGACUGACAACUCUGGUUGGCUCAGUCACUCUGGAGGAUAAAUUUAUUCCCUUUGGUUCAUGCACAUUUGGUUAAAGUAUUUCCCUCUGUUUGUUUAUCAGUCGUGCAGCAUCAAAAACAGAUUUGGUUUUGGUUUGGAUUUCUCCCCCAUGGGCCUUUCAUAGUCCUGUAUAUACAGUGUGAGGGAUGACCAGGAGUUAGGAAACUAUGUGGAAUAUUUCUACUAUUUGAUGCUUUUUUCAAUUUAGAAAAAGAGUAUGUUAUUGCUUUAUGUUAAAGAAAAGUAGUAGGUAACAGGCUUGAUUUGUCAAUGUUAUACAUUUUGGGUGUAAGCUAUGCUUUUUUUAGCAUUUUCAUUAUAAUAAUGAUUUUUAUCUGUAUUGAGUGCUUGAAUUCCUGGUGGAUGAUGUUUCUCCCAGUGCUGGGACUGCCCUAUGGCUCACCUGCAUACUGUGUAUGCAUCUCUGUGUGUGUAGAGAGCAAUAAAAUGCAUUUGUGUGCAA